AUGACUCUUGGAGAUGGGUUGAAUCAAACCAUCAUUACAGAGCUAAUUCUGCAGGGAUUUGGGGAUGUUCAGAAUCUACAGCUUGUCCUCUUCCUACUGUUUCUGGUGAUCUACAUCCUUACCAUGGCUGGGAACAUCCUCAUUGUUGGGUUAGUUGUAGCCAACACUAGUCUUCACACUCCCAUGUACUUUUUCCUUGCCAACCUGUCUUGUUUGGAGACCUUUUACACGUCAACCAUCUUACCCAAGAUCCUUGUCAGUCUCCUAACUGGGGACAAAGCUAUCUCCAUUCCUGGCUGCAUUGCCCAAUUCUAUUUCUUUGCUGCUUUGGUAGUCACAGAAUGUGGUCUCCUAGCCAUGAUGUCUUAUGACAGGUACAUAGCAAUCUGUAAACCACUGCAUUAUGCAACCCUUAUGAAUGACAGGCUGUGUCUUAUUAUGGCAGCAGGGUCUUGGAUGAAUGGGUUUCUGUCCAUGUCUGUAAUGAUGUAUCUGAUGACCAGGUUGACAUUCUGUGGCUCAAAUGAAAUUGAACAUUUUUUCUGUGACCUCACUCCUGUAGCAAAGAUCUCAUGCAGUGAAAGUCACAAAUUUGAACUAAUGGGGUGUGUAUUUUCAACAAUUUUUACCCUGCCUCCAUUUUUAUUAACUCUUACCUCAUAUAUGUUUAUCAUCACCAACAUCUUGAGGAUCCCAUCUGCCACUGGAAGGCGAAAGACCUUCUCCACAUGUUCAUCCCACCUCCUUGUAGUCACAAUUUAUUAUGGGACCUUAAUUAUCGUCUAUGUGCUGCCAAAUACAGAUGAUAUGAGGAAGCUCAACAAAGUGUUUUCUGGUUUCUACACCAUCCUAACACCCCUUCUCAACCCUCUCAUUUACAGUCUGAGGAACAGAGAAGUGAAAGAGGCUCUUUGGAAAUUUGCUGGAAAACAGAUUUGUGGCAUAUGA